UUGUGACAUCAUCAUGCAACCGUAAAAGAGAACCGUCGAAACACGAACCGUCGUCCGUUUCUGUGACUGUCUGCCGUGAACGCAACGUAUUAGGCUAGUUUAUUUCAUUUCUGGUUUAUUAUGUGCUAAAUGAAAUCCAAAUUAUAAUGGAUAGUUGGGAAAAUGAGGAUUUUGAGGUCACCAUGCCUGCCAAGGCUUUGAACAAAUGGGAGGGAGAGGACGAAGAUGAUGAAGUUAAAGACAGUUGGGAUGAUCCUGAGGAAGAAAAGAAAGAGGAGGACUCUUCUAAAACUCAAGCAGUUUCUGCUGCCAAGAAACCCAAAAAGGCCUUACUAGGAAAAAUUGAGGAAAAGGAAAGAAAAAGAAAAGAAGAAAUCGAAAAGAAACUAAGUGAAAAACAAGCUUCACUUACACCUGAAGAACAGUUAGCCGAGAAGAUUCGCAGACAAAAACUACAAGAGGAGUCAGACCUUCUUUUGGCCAAACAGCUAUUAGGAACCGACGGAAUAUCACUAGUAUUAGAAACUCCAGAGGAUUUCGAGAAAUUUAAGGAUGACAUAAUCAACAAAUUAGGGGACUCUACAAAGAAAGAAAACUUUCCCAAUUUUGUAGACCAAUUAGUACAAUCUUUGUGUGUACAUUUAAAUUCUACUGACCUUAAGAAACUUUCAACGUGGCUUAAUAACAUGCACAUAGAGAAAUUAAAAAUAGAAAAAGGAGAUAAGGGAAAGAAAAACAAAGGGAAAGGCAAAGCAAAGUUGAAGCUGGAAGGAGAAACUGACUACAACGAGUUUUCAGCCUACACAGAAGACUAUGAUGACUUCAUGUAGUACCCAAGUGUCAUUUGAACAGUGCAGUUUUCACGGACAUAUAGGAAUCAAAUAAUAUACAAUAGUGAUUUUUUUGUAUGCUACAUUUUAUUCAAAGACUUUUCAUUUAUUUAUUUGUUGAGUUAUUUUUUAAGAAAGUGUAUUUUUGAUAUGGGUUUUAUAUUAAUACCGUUAAAAUAAGCUCAUACCUUCCAUGUUUGUUUGUAUAGUGUAUUUCAGAAUAUGGCAACUGUUUCACUUUUGGAUUUACUCAUAACGCUUCGCUAAAAGUAGUAUAACAAGUUGUUAAAAUAAUCGCAGCAAUUUGUAUGAAAAUCACUAGCAUAUAAGCUAUACGUAACUUGAAAUUUUAGCGUAAAUCUAUUUAUCAGGAUUGCAGAUUUUGCCAUUUGUAGAUGUUAAGGUGAAUUAUUUCUUUGUAUUUGUAUGUAUUAUACUUUAUAUCACUAAAACUCAUAUCUAAUAUUGGCUUUAGAAUUUGGUCGGGAUGUGGAUUUCAAUUUGAGUUAUCUGUUUACUAACUCACACCAUUUUACAAAUUAGCACCGGGCCUGCAUAGCUGUAAAUGAGGUUGAUUCAUUUGGUUAAGUUUGAGAGUUGGGUUUGUAACUUUGGUUGAUAUGUUUUCUCAUGUUACACUAAUAUUAGACCAUGUUGUUAUCGAAACCAUGAACAAGCCACACUCCAAAUAUACAAUAUUUUGAGUUGGGAUGAUA